AGUAUAUGUGUGUGUGUGUGUGUGUGUGUGUGUGUGUGUGUGUGGGGAGGGGACGCAGAGGGCAGUCGAAAACAACCCCUCACUAAACACUCUGUGGGGAGAAGCUGUCAGUCAGGAUUAAUGGGCAGUUUAAAACUCCGCUCCGAGCCGCAGGCCGUGUCAGUCAGGGCUGAGGUGACUAGCCGUAGCUUUAGCCCGCAUUACACCUCACACACUUGUCGCUGCGAGUCCUCAGCUCGAGCGGCAGGGUCCAAACCCUCCUGCCUGCUCGCCUCUUCCGAUAUCUGAGGGAUUUUCCCAGCUUUUUAACACAUAAAGCGGCGGAAAGAAGAUGCUACGUGAUCAGCGGCUGGAGAAAAACGACAACAACAACAACAAACAAGCGCUCGAGUGUCAGCGCUGAAGCCUCGGUUCACUCCCGAGCAAAACGAGUUAAAAAGCCGGUGACUGAGUGAGCAGGAGCCGGGGGCUUCAGUCGAGUCCUGUCACCGUCUGAAAUGGAUGUGAGGGCGGUGGGCUGCGUGCUGCUUUUGCCCCUCCAGAUCCUCUACCACACGCUGAGGGCGGGCGUGCGGCUCCUGCUGCCCGGCAGAAGGAGAGACCUGAGCGGGGACGUGGUGCUGAUCACCGGGGGUGGACGGGGCAUCGGUCGUCACCUGGCUAAGGAGUUCGCCAAGUGUGGAGCUAAGAAGCUGAUCCUCUGGGGCCGCACUGAGAAGUGCCUAAAGGAGGCAUGUGAGGAGAUGAACCUCAUGGGAACCGAGUGUCACUACUUCGUAUGUGAUGUGGCCAACAGAGAAGAAGUAUACAAACAAGCCAAGGUGGUACGAGAAAAGGUUGGGGACGUCACCAUCCUGGUCAACAAUGCAGCAGUGGUGCAUGGGAAGAGUUUGAUGGACAGCGACGAUGACGCCCUCUUGAAGUCACAGCACAUAAACACAAUGGGACAGUUCUGGACCACAAAAGCAUUCCUGCCUCGCAUGCUGGAGCUGCAGAAGGGCCAUGUUGUCUGUGUGAACUCCAUCCUCUCUCUGUCACCCAUACCUGGUGCAAUAGACUACUGCACCUCCAAGGCUUCAUCGCUGGCCUUCAUGGAGAGUCUGACCCUCGGCCUAUUGGACUGCCCUGGCGUAGGCUGCACCACCGUGCUCCCCUUUCAUACCAACACAGAGAUGUUCCAGGGCAUGAGAGUGAGGUUCCCCAAACUCUUCCCACCCCUCAAGCCAGAAGUGGUUGCACAAAGGACAGUGGAUGCAGUCCGGACCAACACAGCCUUCGUCUACCUUCCAUGGACCAUGCAUGCGCUGGUUAUCCUCAAAAGCAUCUUACCUCAGAGUGCUCUAGAGGAGAUCCACAAGUUCUCAGGAACCUACACGUGCAUGAACACCUUCAAGGGACGGACAUAAGAACCACGCCUGCAUGCAGGAAGUUCUGUCUAUCGAUGAAGAUGGAGUGCAUUACACCUCUACGUGCCGGACACGACUGGUGACGAUGGACAGUUCACGAAACAGUGAGCCAGUUGUCCUUUUCUAGAGACACUGAAUGGAUGACAAACAAUGGGAUGAUGUGGAACAUUGCAACAAAUGUUGUCCAGACUGCUGGACUGGCCUCUGGUCAGCUUUGACCCAUGUGUGUUUUUCAUGAUUGAACUUUUAACCGCUCAGCUACUCCAUGGACAGACUGGCCAGAACACAGAGGAGCCUCAGUCACCGCUGUACUGGAUUCGUACUUAACUUUUUCUUUUAACAGCCUGUUUUUAUUUCUUUAACAAACUAAUGUCACUGUAAAUUCAACAUUUGAAUAAAAUGCAGUUUUUGAGAAA